AUGAGCGAUAAAGCCCAAGAGGUGUCGAACAGAAACUUCCGGGAUGCGGUGGUGGAGGGUAACUACCAGGUUUCUAAACCCAUGAUGUUUCACAUGUCACACUUCGAUUCCGAAUCCGGAGCUCAGCUGGUGCCUGAACUCAAGCCCGUCGGUGUUAUCGAUGCCCAGGGGAUCCUUACCAGGGUGCGCUUCCAAAACUUCAUCGGCGACGACGAAGAUGUCCUGUCUCACUCGGAGACCCUACCCAACACCCGCAUCUACCAGGGCAGUCAGGAUGGCUUUCAGCUUGCCAUGAACAAACUUCAUUCUGAUAGCGCUAUCUCUUCCUUCCGCUGUAUCUCUGUACCUGUUCAGGAUAAGAAGUUCAUGGCCAGCAUCCCCGCUGGUUGCCACAAGAUCGGGAUGCAAGUCCGGGUUGUGGAGGGGAGCUUGAAUGGCCAUGCGUACGCUCGUUUCAAGCCCAGAGAUGCCAGUUCAGAGCGAGCUUUCAUCAUCUUACCUAGCAACCAGAACCAGGAGCUGUUCUCUCAAGUGAACAAGGGCAUGGGUCAAAUCAUUCUGGAGGAAGUCCCCUUCGGGCGUUCAUCUGCCAAGGAUUCUGAACUUGUACGAACGAAGUUAGCCUAA